AUGAUGGACAUUCCACCCGAGAAGCGUCCCCGUCUUUCCGCGCCGAAUUCUGGACAAUGGCACAACUCGCCCGAGGCCUCUCGACAGCUUCCUCCUCCUCCCCCUUCUAAUGGGCCUCCUUACCAACCACAUUCAAACCAACCUCCGAAUCCUUUCUCGCGGCCACCAGAACCACAUCCGUUAGAUCUUCGUCGACCCUCGGAACAGCAGCAGCAGCAGCAGCAGCAGCAGCAACAGCAACAGUACGACCAUCAAGACUCUCGUCGACCUGGCUCUGGCCCUUCGCAUGGAUACCAAAACGGCCCUCCUCCUCAUCCGCCGCCGUAUGCAGGCCAUAGAGACCCAAUGGUGAAGAGAGAUCCCUCAGACGAACCUCCACAGCAAUACAGACCGCCGUCAACGGGGGCGGAUCAUAAUGUAAACCCGUCGCCUCAUCACGACGGGCAUGUGCGGCCGCCAUACGUCGCGCCUUAUGAUCCCGCCAGAAACCAGCAAUACCCCCCACAGCCUUACCCCCAGCCGAUACAGAGUCCAAUGUCGGCGACGGAGCCAUAUCAUCCUUCGUACGGAACGCCGGGUCUUCCUCCUCCACAGCCGGGGCCGCCACGCGAGAACCAUUACUCUACAGUCUCAUAUCCACUGAGUACCCCCGCCAGGCAAGAUAGCAAUAAUGUGAGGAAGAAGGCGCAGAGAGCUGCGCAAGCAUGCGAUAGUUGCCGGACUCUGAAGGCCAAGUGCGACGAGGGGCGACCGUCUUGCUCCACCUGUAAGGAAAAGCAACAAGAGUGUCGCUAUCGGGACCCGCCACCCAAACAGCAAGACAAGGGGCUUGCCGACAUUAUGGAGUUUCUCAUAUCCAGGGAGAGGAGGAUUGACGAUAGAUUUGAAGCUUUGACAGCCGAAAACCGAAGAAUCACAGAGCAAUUGCGCAUCAUUGCAGGUGGUCAGGGUCGCGAAUUGAUGCGGUUUAAAGAGGAAAAUGAGGACCACCUUGCCCCGCCACCGAACCCGGUAGUAUAUUCUCAACCAUCUCUGUCAGUGGGCAGGCAGAUGUUGCCAGAAUCACCAUAUGCAUCCACUCCGAGCCAGCCCAUGGCUAUGGGAAGAUUCGUCGACCACCAUGAGGGCCAGGUAGAUGAGGUUUCAGAAGAAGAGGAGGAUACCGGUCCCCCAGGACCAGCUAAACCCCCAUCCAUUCCUGUGAACCAUACGACCGGCGCGGCUGGCCUGCUGGGUGUGCCCGCGAUCAAAGUUCUGUGCGCUGAUGUUUUCAACCCGAAAGGGAGGAUACGAAGCGAGAAGUACCCCAUCUUGCAGGAAGAGAAGAGAGGUCUGCUACGCCUCUUUGGCCGGGGCGAGGGGUAUGAGCAUGCACCAGGCUAUGAUCGGGAACAACUGGUAGACCACGAUGGUACACCCGGCGACUCGCAUUCAGAUAUAUCAUCUCCAGCUGGCGAGGAAUGGGGGCAGUCGGGCGGAUUUACUCCUCCGCCUGGUCAGGCGGAGAAGAUCAGAGGGAAUAUCGGCGCCGACGGCAUGCCAGAUUUGAGCAAGGAAAAGGUCUAUGAGCUAGUGCAGAGCUACCUGGUGAACAUGAACAUCUUGCAUCCCAUACUCAUACCUUCGAAGCUGCACCAGCUUGUCGAGAAGUUUUUGAGAUCGAUUCCGGACAGUCAUGCCAGACCAAAACAAGUUUCCAGCCUCGUCGCGGGCCACACGAGUCAUCCGGGAGCUGGUUUCGUGGGAAGCUACAAGAAUCCAGAGAGCCCGGGCAACAAGCGGAAGCGAUCACCAGUUUCGGUAGAAUACACCUCCGAGCUUCCCCCGAGGCAAGAUUUCAAACCAGGCCAUCCGUUUCGCACCAUCGGCUCUGCGAUUGUUCUGCUGGUCAUGGCACUGGGGGCAAUUUGCAAGCACAAAGAGAAGAUCCCCGAUGUCUGGCAGUCUGAUCGGGAGUCGAAUGACUUCUUCGGCAGCUCUCCCAUUACCCGAAACGGCCACCCACCUUCCCCCCUGCAAAACUCCCCUUCCGUGGCGAAUGGAAUGGGCUUCGGAGCCGGAUCUCCUCCCGAUGGCGAGCGAAAUUCGUCUCGGAGUCGGAGAAGCUCUGUCGACGGGCAUUAUCCAGCCCGUGGAUUUGCUUCCAAGGCAAGAAAUAUCGAUGUCAUUCCAGGCCUGGCGUAUCAUGCGCUUGCGACUGACGUCAUUGGCAAUCAACUUGGCGGCAAUAGUCUGCAGCACGUACAUGCCAAUCUACUUGCUGGCUUGUAUCAUGGACAACUUGCGAGGGUCAUGGAGAGCCAUGGAUACAUCGCUAAUGCGUGUCGCGCUCUUCAAGUCAUUCUUCGGCCGAAACUUGAACGUCUAAAAAGAUACAAGAUAGAUAACGUUAUCAUCUUGAGUAAAGACAAUCCGAUUGUUAUCGCAUUCUGGACGUGCCUGCAGCUGGAGAGUGAUAUCGUCGCCGAACUUCCUUGUCCCCAUUCUGGUAUCCUAACCUUUGAAGACGACAUGCCACCUCCGAACAUGUCAGCCAUGACGCAAGAAGACGAUUUCGACGAGAAUGUAUUGAGGCACUAUAUGAAGCAGAUAAUGUUACGGAAGCAUCUUAACCAUAUACACAGCAUGUUUUACAAACCAGACAAUGGCAAGCCCCCCCCUUCGAACAGAGUCUCUAUGCAUGUGAUCUCCAUACUAACGACACCAGCUGGAAGCAACUCUCUCUCACCGACGGUCAAGAGCCAUAAAGUUCACCACCCGACGAUCGAGGCCAAUAUGCAGGGGUUGGACGAAUAUGUACAAGCGGACAACAAGAACUGGGCUUACGAGGUAGACGAGCCGGCAAAGGACAUCCUGACCGCUCGGCUCAGAGCCAAGUACUUUGGCGCGAAGGUCAUCACUUACCGACAUUACGUUCUGAAGUUUCUGGAGCGGUCCUCAGGCACGUCCGGCAUGCAGGCCGGGGAGUUCUUCGCCAAUGUGCAGGCGCCUGUCGUCAACCCGAAGGCAUCGCGCAUCGAAGAGGUCGACCCAAAGGCUGUGAAAUAUGCGGAAGCUGGGAUCAAGGCCCUCAUCCAGAGCACAACAGCAUUUUACGGUUUGGGAGAUCCGACAAAGGAGAGACUUAUCGUUACCAAUGUCUGGGGAACCGCACACGCCCAAUGGGGAAAUAUGGUGACUCUCCAUGCCGCUUACAUGGACGUCUUUCUCAGGCCGAUGGUCCUCAAACACGCCAAUGAAAACUACCUGCGCAUGCUUACCGAGAAGACCAUUGGCUUCCUUCGCUUGAACUCGACUCCGUCUUCGGCAUUGCACUCCGAUAUCAAGAUUCUCAUGUCUAUUGCCUCAAAAACCGGCCUGCUGGGGCCCUCGGGAUCCCAAGGACCAGGUACCAACUCCAGCUUCUCCAGCGUGAACACAGGGGAGACCAUGAUGAGCGGGUACUAG